CGAUAGAAGCGCGCGCGCACGUUGCUAGGAACGCCUGCGUCGUCGUUAACAGGAAGGAGAAAGUGCCACUUCCGCUUGGAGCAUGAAUGUGUCUCCACGUGAAUUACCAGAUUUUACAAAACGGAUUCCGAUGAGGACGUAAUCUUUGUUUCUGAAAGGUUUGCACCUAAACCUAUAAAGAUUACAAUCGACCAGGCGAAGCUACUGGCUCUGCAGAGAGACAUCGAUGAGCAGUCCCAGCCCACACAGCCUGCCAAACCUUUGAUAAGACAGGGGAUCUGUGACAACAAGCCGGCCGAAACAAAGAUGGAGGAGGAGAACACUGAGGAGCGUGUAAUAAAGAAGGAGAACAAACACAAGAAAGGAAAAAUAUUUUCACCAGUCCAAAACUGUAGUGCUGAGAACGGUACCCAAGUCAAGCUCAAAAAAGAAAAGAAGUGGAAAGUAGAUAAAACUGUAGCAAAAGAACAGGAAGACGAAGUUAAUCAGAAAGAAGAAAAGAAAAGGAAGAAACAUGAUAGCAUUUUUAUAACUGAUGUAGAAGAUAACAAGAGGAAAAAGAAGAAGGUGUUAGAAUAUGUGAACCAAGCAGAAAAUUCUACCUUACAGGAUGAGAAAUUGGAAAAGACGAAAAAGAAAAAGAAGUUAAAGGAUAAGUCUGUACAAAUCCAACCAGAAAAUGUGAAGAAAGAAGAAGACGAGGAAAUGCCAAUUGGAAAUAAUAAUCCUCCAAAGAAACCCAAGAAGCAAAAAGGCACAGUUUUAGUUUCAAGCCCAGCAGAGACUGAAGAGAUAGUUGGAGAAAAGACAAAGAAGAAAAAGAAAACUCUUGUAAUUACUGAUGUAGUUGGGAAAAUAAAAACAGAAAAGAAAGCAAAAGUGGUGGAAAACCUGAUGGAUGUAGAAAAGGAAGAGACUGAAGUUAAGGAGGUAAAAUUAAAAAAGAAAAAGGAGAGUAAAAGUGAGAGAUUGGGAAAAGACCAUGAAGAAACUGAAACUCAAAGAAAGAAGAAAAGGGCGGUGGAGGAUGAGGAAAUUCUCCAUAAGAAAAAAGAAAAGUUCAUAAAAGAAGAGACUGGGAUAGAGGAAGGGAAGAGCAAAAAGAAAAAGAAUAAAAAAGCCAAAGAGGAAAAUGGGAUAGUAGACACAGAGGAAGUGGUGUCAAGGAAAAAGAAAAAAGUCAAAGUAGAGGAGGAUGAGGAGGAGGUGUGGAGCCCAGAGCGUAGUAUCCCCCUGGCUGCUGACUCUCAGAACAAGAAGAGCAAAAAGAAUAGAAUGUCAGAAAAAGGAGAUCUGGACAACAACACUGAGGCCCAGGCUGGGAGCAAAAAGAAGAGAAAGGUCAAAGAAGAGCAGGGUGACGCACAGGAGGUUCCCCAAGGGGAUGUACUUUUCCUCUCAGCAAAGAAUGGAAACACAGACGAGGCCUCCAUUAAUCAGGAGAGAAGAAAAGCUCUUCAGAUGGAGAUCGACAAGGCUUCCCAACCUCAUAAGCCAGAUAAACCUACAACUCUGGGCCAGUGGAGUACGGCUCAGUUCGACAACUCCCAACAGCAGCAGAAGUUCUUGCGGCUGAUGGGCGGCUUCAAAAAGGGCUCCCAGGUCGCUGAGAAGACGGCUGGAGGAGCCAACAUGGCACUGGGGAAGGAUGGGCAGCAACAGCUGCAGCAAGGGCUUCUGGGAGAGUUUGAGCGAGCCCAAAUGCGGAAAAUGGACUUCAGUAACAGGGGGGCAGGUCUCGGGUUUACAGCACCGUCCAAUAAGAAGUUCACCAUCGAUGUCAAUGCAUCUCGGUCCUUCCGCUUUGAUGACUGAUUAGGGAGGUUGUUUUUUGUUUUGUUUUUUUACUCAUAGUUUCUUUAACUGGGUAUUGAUUCACCCCACCUCCUGGAGGAUGUUGAUUAAAACUCUUCUAAAUGUAUAUCUUGUAUUUUUAUGAAUUAGAAACAUACAAGCUCUAUAUUGUGCCCUGUUACCUACCACUCUAAAGAAACCGGACUUUUAUACUGCGACUGGUAAAUAAGAAGCAAGUUUGACUGGUUAGGUGGGAAAAGCUUUGGAGGUUUCUCUGGAGACAUUGUGCUGAUUUUAAUACAUUCCUAAAAACAAUCUUCAUUUUGCUUUUUUCAGUUUGUUUCAUAUAACUAAAUAAAGUUUUGAAAAGUCUAAAAAUACAAUGCGGAGAACUGGAAGGCUUUGAAAGCCGUACGACAGAUCUAGACACAGUGGGUGACGAAUAGUUGGUAACAAAACAGACAGAAGCAACUGCUCUGAUGGUCCUUUAAUUUAAUUCCUGCACGUUUACAUUCUGGGAAAGAAAAUCAAGAAUAACAGCACAGUACCGAUGGCUCAGCCAUUCAGCUGGAAACUUGCAGCUUCAUGAAUCCAAGGAUAGUGGGUUUUCUGCUAAACUCUGUCUUUGCUUUGGGCUUUCUUAUUGUACCUUAAGUACAAAAGUUGUUGCACGUAAAAAAAAAAAAAAAAAAA